AUGAACGCCUGUGCCCUCCUCGCAGGUGGGCUUCUCGACCCCCGGCUCUGCGCCCCCGCGCGGUGGGCUCGGUCUCCGCGCUGCCUUCUCCGGACCCUGCCCCGGCCCCGGCCUGCUCUCCGGCUCCUGCUGCUGCUGCUGCUCCUGCCGCCCUCCGCCCUCUCCGCCGUAUUCAGAGUGGGGGUGCUGGGCCCCUGGGCCUGCGACCCCAUCUUCGCCCGCGCCCGCCCGGAGCUGGCCGCCCGCCUGGCCGCCGCCCGCCUGAACCACGACCCUGCCCUGGAAGGCGGCCCCCGCUUCGAGGUCGCGCUGCUGCCCGAGCCGUGCCGGACGCCAGGCUCGCUGGGGGCGGUGUCCUCCGCGCUGGCCCACGUCUCCGGCCUCGUGGGUCCGGUGAACCCUGCAGCCUGCCGGCCGGCCGAGCUCCUGGCCCAAGAGGCGGGGGUCGCGCUGGUGCCCUGGGGCUGUCCUGGGACGCGAGCGGCCGGCACCACGGCUCCGGCCGUGACACCCGCGGCGGAUGCCCUCUACGCCCUCCUUCGCGAGUUCCGCUGGGCGCACGUGGCCCUGGUCACCGCCCCCCAGGACUUGUGGGUGGAGGCGGGACGCGCACUGUCCACUGCGCUCAGGGCUCGGGGUCUGCCCGUUGCCCUAGUGACCUCCAUGGAGCCCUCGGACCUGUCUGGGGCCCGGGAGGCCCUGAGGAGGGUCCGGGACGGGCCCAGAGUCAGAGCAGUGAUCAUGGUGAUGCACUCCGUGCUGCUGGGCGGCGAGGAGCAGCGCUGCCUGCUGGAGGCCGCAGAGGAGCUGGGCCUGGCCGAUGGCUCCCUGGUCUUCCUGCCCUUCGACACGCUCCACUAUGCCUUGUCCCCAGGCCCGGAGGCCUUAGCGGUGCUUGCCAACAGCUCCCAGCUUCGCAGGGCCCAUGAUGCGGUGCUCACCCUCACUCGCCACUGUCCCCCGGGAGGCAGCAUCCUGGACAGCCUCCGCAGGGCCCAAGAGCAUCAGGAGCUGCCCUCUGACCUCAAUCUGCAGCAGGUAUCCCCACUCUUCGGCACCAUCUACGACGCUGUCUACUUGUUGGCGGGCGGCGUGGUGCGAGCGCGAGCAGCUGCAGGUGGCAGCUGGGUGUCCGGAACAGCCGUGGCCCACCACGUCCGGGAUGCUCAGAUCCCCGGCUUCUGCGGGGCCUUGGGAGGAGCCGAGGAGCCCCCGUUUGUACUGCUGGACACGGAUGCCGCGGGGGACCGGCUGUUCGCCACAUACAUGCUGGAUCCCACCCGAGGCUCCCUCCGCUCCGCUGGGACCCCGGUGCAUUUCCCUAGAGGGGGACGGGGACCUGGGCCCGACCCCUGGUGCUGGUUUGACCCAGACAACAUCUGUAACGGAGGAGUGGAGCCACGCUUGGUCUUUAUCGGCUUCCUCCUGGCGGUUGGGGUGGGGCUGGCAGGGGCCUUCCUGGCCCAUUAUGUGAGGCACCGGCUACUUCACAUCCAAAUGGUCUCUGGCCCCAACAAGAUCAUCCUGACUCUGGACGACAUCACCUUCCUCCACCCUCAGGGGGGCAGCUCUCGAAAGGUGGUCCAGGGGAGUCGAUCAAGUCUGGCUGCCCGCAGCGUGUCAGACAUUCGCAGCGUCCCCAGCCAGCCCGCGGAUAGCUCCAACAUUGGCCUCUAUGAGGGAGACUGGGUUUGGCUGAAGAAAUUCCCAGGGGAUCAGCACAUAGCUAUCCGCCCAGCAACCAAGACAGCCUUCUCCAAGCUCCGCGAGCUCCGGCAUGAGAAUGUGGCUCUCUACCUGGGGCUCUUCCUGGCGGGGGGAACCAACGGCGCCGCCGCCCCCAGGGAAGGCAUGCUGGCUGUGGUCUCAGAGCACUGUGCCCGGGGCUCCCUCCACGACCUGCUCGCCCAGAAAGACAUAAAGCUGGACUGGAUGUUCAAGUCCUCCCUCCUACUGGAUCUCAUCAAGGGAAUGAGGUAUCUACACCAUCGAGGCGUGGCCCACGGGCGGCUGAAGUCACGGAACUGCGUGGUGGACGGGAGGUUCGUGCUUAAAGUCACCGACCACGGCCACGGGCGACUGCUGGAAGCGCAGAAGGUGUUACCGGAGCCUCCCAGCGCGGAGGACCAGCUAUGGACAGCCCCAGAGCUGCUUCGGGACCCGGCCCUGGAGCGCCAGGGAACGCUGGCAGGCGACGUCUUCAGCCUAGGCAUCAUCAUUCAGGAGGUCGUGUGCCGCAGCACCCCCUACGCCAUGCUGGAGCUGACUCCAGAGGAAGUGGUGCAGAGGUUGCAGAGCCCCCCGCCGCUGUGUCGGCCCUCAGUGUCCAUGGACCAGGCGCCCAUGGAGUGCAUCCAGCUGAUGAAACAGUGCUGGGCAGAGCAGCCGGACCUUCGGCCCUCCAUGGACCGCACCUUUGACCUGUUCAAGAGCAUCAACAAGGGCCGGAAGACGAACAUCAUCGACUCGAUGCUGCGGAUGCUGGAGCAGUACUCCAGUAACCUGGAGGACCUGAUCCGGGAGCGGACGGAGGAGCUGGAGCUGGAAAAGCAGAAGACAGACCGGCUGCUCACGCAGAUGCUGCCUCCGUCUGUGGCUGAGGCCCUGAAGAUGGGGACACCUGUGGAGCCCGAGUACUUUGAGGAGGUGACACUGUACUUCAGCGACAUCGUGGGCUUCACCACCAUCUCAGCCAUGAGUGAGCCCAUCGAAGUGGUGGACCUGCUCAACGACCUCUACACGCUCUUCGAUGCCAUCAUCGGCUCCCACGAUGUCUACAAGGUGGAGACAAUUGGGGACGCCUAUAUGGUGGCCUCGGGGCUGCCGCAGCGGAAUGGGCAGCGGCACGCGGCAGAGAUCGCAAACAUGGCGCUGGACAUCCUCAGUGCUGUGGGCUCCUUUCGCAUGCGCCACAUGCCCGAGGUGCCCGUGCGCAUCCGCAUCGGCCUGCACUCUGGCCCGUGCGUGGCGGGCGUGGUCGGCCUCACCAUGCCGCGGUACUGCCUGUUUGGGGACACGGUCAACACUGCCUCGCGCAUGGAGUCCACCGGGCUGCCUUACCGCAUCCACGUGAACAUGAGCACCGUGCAGAUUCUCCGCGCUCUGGACGAGGGCUUCCAGGUGGAGGUGCGAGGCCGCACGGAGCUGAAGGGCAAGGGCGCCGAGGACACGUACUGGCUGGUGGGCAGACGCGGCUUCAACAAGCCCAUCCCCACACCGCCUGACCUGCAACCGGGGGCCAGCAACCAUGGCAUCAGCCUGCAGGAGAUUCCCCCUGAGCGGCGUCAAAAGCUGGAGAAGGCGAGGCCGGGCCAGUUCUCCGGAAAAUGAGGCCGGGCCCCUACAGGAUGAUUCCAGAAGGUCAUUUUCCUGAAAGUUGCUGCUACAGGUGACUGAAAGUCUGGCUAAUACCAGUGGUUUCUGUCCGGCUCUGCCUCAACGGAUUCUGGGCCUUUACAAGAGCUGGUUGCAAACCAGCUGUGUGACAUUGGGAAAGUCUCAUGCACUCUCUGGGCUUGGGUUCCCCUCCAUGGCGAGAUGAGGAGUGGCCUAGGUUGUUUCCACACCCCCCAGCACUGACAGAGGGACUUCAGAACAAUUGGCUUUGGGAUGUGGGGCACUGUGCAUGUGGCCCCCAGCCCC